GGUGGUGAGCCAAAAGAAGCGCUACUGUAACCCCCACGUGACAUCCAGGCAGAGGAAUUCGGCGAUAACGCGACACUGGUACGUGAAAAUAUCCGGCGUAUCCGGACCUCGACAUGUUCGGAUUGGCCAAGGCGUGACUUCCGGCCGCCUAACACCGUAAACCAAAUAGCCGUUGUGCCUCUGACCGGGAAUUAAUAUGGUGGCCGAACUAUCCGGCAUUUCUGCCGCGAUCACGGAGCAGAAAAGUGCGGGUACCAGCAACGGCAGAAGGCCAAGACCCCGGUGGAUACAAACGGCGACCCGUGAACCAGUCUACAGCGUUUUGGACAGCAAUACGGACUCCGUCACACCGGCAACAUCGCCACCAUCAACACUCAACGAAAAUGCAGUUCAGGUUGUGAUCAGCGCGGUUAACGGAGCCGUUAAGGGUAGGAAGAUUUCCGACGCUACCAGCGUUCACCAGAAAGAAUCUCCCUACGUCUGGUUACCCAACGAGACCGCGGAGAUAGUCGAACCCCUGGAAGAAGUGGAGGAAGCCAUCUACAGCGUCGUCAGGAAACCGCCGAAGAUACGACAGCAGGAGGAGGACUCCGAGGUCCUGAACCGACAGCAGGAGCUCAAUCGGUGGCUUCAGACAGCCUCUAGGCAGACGGGACCAAACCCUGAAAUGUACUCGACGGACGGUGAACCCAAGUUCGAUUACGACUGGCAGAGGGAUGUGGGAACAAGAGCUAAUCCUCCGGUGACCGGAAUUCCGAGGGGUAUCGUGGGCCUCGUUGGGCCCUACAGGGUUUAUCCAGACCCCAAUGAACGCAGGGAGUACAUCCUCAGGGAGGAGGAACUCGUCGAGGACGUCGUUGACUCGGUGAGCGAAAUCGCGGCUAAGGAAGACGCGAGAUCAGUCAAAAACGAACCCCAUCAAAGGGCCAAGUGGAGGAUAAGGGACGACGACGAGGAGACCCUUGUUCCCGAUCUUCCUGAUCCGGACGCUUGGAAGGACUCCGAGGAUGUCGUCGAUGAGUCCAAACAUAUCGAUGGACAUUCUCGAGAUGCUGGAUGGAAGGAGAGGGAAUCCUCGCCGCCUGCUUCUCCUGGCAAGGAGAACUGGAAACUUCGAGAAAGUGAUCCCGCAGCCAACAAGAUAUCCAUGAUAUUGCCGGGGAACCAGGAACGGGCCGUUGACGUACCUGACGGCGCGUCCACUGUUUCUGCACCCGUCAAAGUGAACAAUGAACACCAGGACAAGGAUAGCCUGAACGAGGCGGCGAGCAACGCGGGGGGCGCCGUGGAGGGGCAUCCGAGUGGCAAUCCUUCGGGAGGGGGCGGGAAGCGCGAUGGUCUUUCGCAAUCCGCCACUUCCGCCUUGCCGCCCCCCAGGUCCUUGGUGUCGCGAAUUUUGGCGGGAGCUCGAUCGCACCACGACCUUCUGGACCACGCCGAACCCUUCUCUCAAUUAUGGGUUGUUUUAUCCAACGUUUAUGGAGAGUUGGUCGUGGUGAUCAUGCUGGCUUUUUGUUUGGCCGAGGUGAUGGACACGCCGGUCCCUUUGCACAGCUUGCAGGGAGUUUUUCUGAUGUACCUCUACGUGGGCAGCAUCGCGGUGAUCAUUAGUAUUUACCUCUGGGUCCUUAUCGACAGCUGCAGCAGUAUGGGGAGCGGAGGUGGCGUCGAUGACGCAGAAUUAGGAGGUGCUUCUUUAACGAGAUUUGGUUCGCUGAAGCGAGCGCAUAUUUCUCGGACGAGAACCGCACCAACUAGUUUCUACAUCCGGGUUGGGGCUCUGCUUUUCGGACUUGCAACGCUUGUCUUCAACGGUCUGGAAAUGGCGAUGCAUUCGAUGAUGCAGGGGGAUAAAUGCCACAACGAAAUCGUCUUCGUACAUCCCGUUCUCCACGGCCUCUUCACCUUUCUUCAGAUGCACUUUCUCUUCGUCAACUCUCAGGUCUUAGUCGAACGCUUUGGCCUAGCCGCAAGAUUUGGAUUCACUCAUCUUGCAGCUACUAACAUCGCUGUUUGGGCAAGGCUCGUCAUUUGGGAUUCUGCUCAAGAAUGGACUUACCUAGUUCAUCUUGCCCAGCAGGGACCCGAAGCCGAAACGUCACCCCUAAAUCUUCGUGGAUUUCCUGGAUCAAUCACUAGACACGUUCGCGAUUUACUGCAGGAUGAAUCAGUGCCAAGCAACGCUAUCCUGAACCCGUACCAGCCUAUUUCUGACGAACAAAUAUCCCAGGUCGUAGAUCUCCACGAUUGUCUGAAUACAAACACACUGGGUCGUCUCUGGACAUCAAGCGUGCCUUUUCUGUACCCGUUCAUCGUGCAAUUCAGCCUUAUUGCUGCGGCCGUAACGUACGUGAUGGGUCAGAACGUUGGCCGUAACCGUCUCUCGCACAAGCAGAAAUUCCACGUGAGCAAGGAUCUGACCAGCGACACGAGGAUCGGAUGUGACGGUUCGAGCAAGGGCCUAUUUCUCGGUAUCCUCUGCAUGGUCGCCGGCAUAGUCGUGAUAAUAAUAUUCCUCGUCGUUAAAGACGACAAAAAUUUCCCAACGGAGACUCUGGCCUGGCUAACCUGCGGCACUCCGAUCGGGAUAUUAGCGUUGAGUGGGCUCAUGACCGCCAGCGGCCUCGUUCAGGUCAGACAAAUGUCUGUGGUUACUAGAGCUCCGGCUGCUCUUGACGGACUUCUGUCAACCGUAGCCUUGUUCGGGGUCCAGAUCUACUCUGUAUUCACGAUGGUUGUGGCCGCGUGCUCGUUGGCGACGAUGGACGAAAAGUCCGAGAACCCCAAGGGCAGAUACGUCGUCCUCUUGGGGGUCUCGAUCCUACAGCUGGUCCAGUGCUGCGCCCAGAGCACCCUGAUCGCUGAGGCGUCGAAGAGAUCGUGUAUAACUCGUUUUCAGAUGAUGGCUAAACCUGCGAGGCAGGUGAUCACCUUCCUGUUGUUCAGUAAUGCGGUUUUGUGGGCUUUUGACACUGUCGUCACUCAGAGCUGGCUGUCGCAGGAACUUCAACUUAGAUUCUUUGGGGUUCUGGCGUGGGGUGUUAUUUCGAGAAUUGGACUACCUCUUCUUGUAUUUUACCGGUUUCACAGCUGCGUUUUACUGCUCGAAGCCUGGAAUAAGUGCUACAGAAUACCGAGGGGUGAACAUCCCCUCAACUGACAGCAUAGGACCACUCACCACGUCCUGCGCACCGGAAAGCAUGCUCGCUCGCAUCACCCGUACUGUCGGAGAAGAGUGACCCUCGACCUCGAGAGGCGGGGUGAAGAUUCGGCAUCGAAGGUAUGGUCGAAGGGAUGCAAGAGGUCCGAACCUCCAAUUGAAUCAGGGGUUGUUGAAUCUGCGGCCUAUUUACGGCCGUACAUUGAUAGCGCAAGCUGGUUGUACCUGGACUCGACACCUGUGCUCCACUUAACCUCCCCUGUGAUGCACCCUCAAAAUUUAGAGUACGCGAUGCCUCCACCCCGGAGAAAAUCUACCCAUCAUCAUCAUCACCAUCAUCAUCACCAGCAGCAGCAGCAAGAACAACAACAGCGUUCACAUCACCGUCACAGAACGCAUCGAAGAGUUGUUAGUGAUCCGGGUAUCAGAGCGUGGAGCAGUGGCCUUCAUCAUGAGUGGAAACGCCGACGUGUUUUUAGCUUCAAUAAUGAGGUGACUGGGAUAGGGUCUUCAGUGAACGGAGCGAUACACGAGGCCAGUGAAGAGAAUCCGUCGCCAGAUGAAGUGCCGAGAUCUACUUUUAGAAAAGUGCCAUGGCACCCGAACUUACAUAUGCUCAAGAUCAGACGUACCUGAGUAUUUCCAAGUUUAGAGGUGUUUCGUAUCAAUUGCGAAAGAUUUACUAUGGUGUAUUCAAGGUGAAGCCAUCGCAUCACCUAUUUCAGAUAACUAUUAUGUAUACACGAAUAAUUUAAUAUAAUAUAGUAUAUAGGAUCGAGAUAUAGAUAUCAUUAUUAUUAAAUGUAUAAUUAACCGUUAACUUAUGAGAAUUGUUUUACCCAAUGUUCGUCGUAUUAAAUAAUUUAUAACGAUUUGUUUAUAUGUAUAGGUGUCCGAGUGAUAGAUUAAUAAAAUUGCACGUAUUCUUUGAGAAUUUAAUUACAGCCGCUUUACGUAAACCGAUUGUAAAGUGCUAAGAAAAAAAAAUAUCAGGGACCAAUUCGUAUGUAGGUCGACUAUUAUGUAUGUUGCUAGUAUUAGGUGUUCUGCUAGCUCUUCUUUUUAUUACACAGCGCUUAGGGUUCCCAAUGUUUACAGGAAGCAUACUCGGGUUACGGAAUUCUGAUCAUUUCUUAAAUGAGACCCUUCUCAAUGGUCGGAAUCCGGCAACCUUUGUAUACCUAUAUUACAUACUUC